UAUGGAUAGGUAUUUGUACCAUGAGCCAUUUUCUAUACAUGUUAUUGCGCUCAUCGCAAGGUCGACGUAAGUAUUUAUAUAUAUAUACACAUACUCUUUCUUGUACCUUGGCAUCCUUCCCUUCCCUCCUUCCCUUCCCUUACAUUCCCUCCUCUUCCUAUCUCCCCGUUCGUUUUCCUGUUCGGAACUCUUCUGAAUAAUCUCGCUGUUGAAACUGUACCCUGCCACAUGACGUCGGUCUGCAAUAUCCUUGUUCUGUGGCUUCAUCAGCUCUUAGAUCUCACAAUUGUUACUAAGUAGAUGAGAUACAAAGCAAUAUUUUGCGACCUACUUAUCGUAUUCAUUUCAAGGUAGGUAGAUACUGUUAUUACCAUUGGGAAUACUAUCAAUAAUCGAUAAUGCACAGUGCCGCACAAGACAUUGACAGCACCCACGAAUCUAGCACCGACGAGCAUGGAACUCGACAAAUACAACCCAAUGGUGAAGCUCCUGCUAGUGGAUCAACGACUGUCAACAAUCAUCCCUUGAUGAAUCAAUUUUUACACACAUUUUUUCGCCCUGGAAGUGAUAAUGUCCAAUUACCGAACUCGCAAGAGGAACAGCAUCAGGAUCCCUAUACUGCCGGCGCCAUGGGGGAUAACUCAUUGACUGUGCAAAUGCAUAGUGAGACAGACCGGCUGCAGAAUGGCACAUUGGUUCCUAGAGCAGGACUGGUACCUCGACCAAUUGGCGGACAAGAGAAGCUGGGGAUGUUCUCCGGAGUGUAUGUCCCAACAUGUCUCAAUGUUUUGAGCAUUUUGAUGUUCCUUCGAUUUGGUUUCAUCCUGGGGCAAAGUGGGAUUCUGGGCAUGAUGGGUUAGUUCUUGACUCCACAAUGCGCCAACCAAUAUUGACAGCACAUCUAGGUAUGCUUAUCGCUUCAUAUGUGAUUAAUUUCAUCACUACUUUCUCCCUAUCUGCUAUCGCCUCGAACGGAACAGUGCGCGGAGGUGGGGCAUAUUAUCUGAUCUCUCGCUCUUUGGGUCCAGAAUUUGGGGGAUCGAUCGGACUUGUCUUUUAUCUGGGCUUUGUAUUCAAUACUGGAAUGAAUGCAGUGGGCCUCAUCGAUUGUAUAACGCUGAAUUUCGGUGCGGACGACGGCAAUUGGGCUCAGAUUCUUCCCGAAACAAAAUGGUAUUGCUACCUUUGGUCUACCAUAAUACUCGUUCUCUGUACGUUGGUAUGCUUGGCUGGAUCUGGAAUCUUUGCAAGGGCUAGCAAUGGACUAUUGGUUAUUCUACUUCUCGCUACAUUGAGCAUCCCACUAUCUGCACUCGUCGUCAGUCCCUUCGAAAGUCGAAAGCUGGGAAUUGAAUAUACAGGCAUCAGUUUACAGACACUGUCUGGAAAUCUUCUACCUAAGCUUACUAGGGGUGCCGCUGGCAGCCAAAUUAAUGGAAGAGAGACUUUUCAGGAUUUGUUUGGCAUUUUGUUUCCUGCAACUGGAGGUAUAUUUGCUGGUGCCAGUAUGAGUGGUGACCUAAAGUCACCGAGCAAAGCAAUACCCAAAGGAACUCUUUAUGGCCUUAUCACAACUUUCGUCCUGUAUUCUUUAGUCAUAGUAGCUAUGGCCGCCACCGUGACCCGCUCAUCCUUUCUCAGAAAUACGAAUGUACUUCAGGAGACAAACGUAUCAGGCCUAUUGAUACUAGCAGGAGAAGUAUCCACUAGCUUGUUCUCCGUUCUCAUGGGAAUUAUUGGCAGUGCAAAGCUUCUCCAAGCAAUAUCAAGAGACAGCCUGUUACCAGGAUUUUCCAUAUUUGGCCAAGGAACCGAAAAAGCUGAUGAACCUACUUUUGCGAUUCUUUUUACGUUCAUUAUCGCUCAAAUGACAAUGCUAGGCGACCUCAAUCAAAUCGCCAGCUUUGUGACAAUGACCUAUCUUGUAAGUACGGUUUCGCCAAAGUACAUGUAUUUGGCUUGCAAAUCCUCCAAAUUUCAUUUGCCCGUUGUGUUAGGCGCAACUGCCUUCUCUUGAUAUUCAGUACUGUCUUUUGUUGUCUACAUAUGCCCUUUCCAUAUAUGUAUCGAUUACAGUAGCACUCAUGGUUCUAUUUUCAUGCCCAGGAACUGUUAUGGGUAGCAUUGGCUAAUAUUUUGUAGAUGACCUUUUUGGUCAUGAACCUAGCAUGCUUCCUCCUUUCAGUUGGGUCUGCACCUAACUGGCGCCCAAGUUUUCAUUUCUUCAACUGGCAGACUGCCUUUGCUGGUUCAAUAGUGUCAGGAGCCGCAAUGUUCUUUGUGGAUGGCUUCUAUGCAACGGGAUCCGUAGGUGUUCUUCUUCUACUAUUUCUUCUUAUCCAUUAUUCGGUAGAGCCAAAAAGCUGGGGCGACGUAUCACAAAGCUUGAUUUAUCAUCAGAUCCGAAAGUACCUCCUCAAACUAAAGCAGGAGCAUGUCAAAUUUUGGCGUCCUCAAGUUAUUUUACUUGUGAAUGAUCCACGUCGACAAUACAAACUUAUACAAUUUUGCAACUCCAUGAAAAAAGGUGGUCUGUAUAUUCUCGGUCAUAUUAUCGUGACGGAUGAUUUUAGUCAAUCAAUACAAGAAGCUGUAAGUAGAAUGUCCACACCUUUUCACAAAUGAAAAUGGUUUGUCUGUACAUUUGAACAUGCACAUGUACUGAUUAUAGGGACAGCGUCGUCAACAAGCCGCAUGGAACAAAUACAUUGAUUUUUCAAAGAUCAAAGCAUUCGUAAAUAUUGCCAUUUCUCCGGCUUUAGAGUGGGGGGCACGAAACAUUGUCCUCAACGCGGGUCUAGGAGGAAUGAGGCCUAAUAUCGCAGUAAUGGGAUUCUAUAAUCUGGAUGACCUCAGAAACUCGCAGCCAUUAAUAGACAUUUCGGAGCCACCGAAAUCAUCAUCGAAGAAUGCAGAGACACCAAAGAAUCCACCCCGGAACAAGCGUCAGAACAGCAAGGAAAAGAAGAUGCAAGGUGUGCUACCAACUGAUUUGUGCCGGACUGAGGGUAUGAUGAGUGUCACAAGCUAUGUGACCAUUCUAGAAGACCUACUCUUCAAGCUACAGAUCAACGUUGCAGUGGCAAAAGGAUUCCGAGAUCUGGAGUUGCCUGAUACGGAGAACACAAAAAAGUACAUUGACCUUUGGCCUAUUCAAAUGUCUGCUGAAAUUGCAGCCCAAGGUGAUCAGAAACAGAAUGUUUUGACCACCAAUUUUGAUACAUGUAAGACCCCUGUGGUAUAGUUUUACCUGGCGUCAAGCAGUGAUUAGAAAUGACUUUUUACUUCCUGUGCUCACUAUCUUCCAAUUAUCGGAGUAGCUGACAAUAUUCAUAGAUACUCUGAUUCUCCAGCUUGGGGUAAUUUUAAACACUGUGCCUGCUUGGAAGAAAGCAUAUAAGCUUCGGGUGGCUGUAUUUGUUGAAUAUGAAAAUGACGUGGAGGAGGAAAGAGGUAGGGUGAAAUCACUACUCGAAAAUCUACGCAUAGAGGCCGAAAUUCUUGUAUUCUGGUUAGCAUCAGGGGACAUCCCAUCCUAUGAGAUUAUCAUUAAUGGUGCAAAUACCGGUGCUGAUCAAAUUGACGAGGUCGAGGAGUGUCUCAACGGACAAGAUUGGUGGGAUGAGAUACAGAAACUUCGUGGACAUCGUGGAGCAACCACAUCUGCUUCAGUCGAUUUGGCUCAGAUUGCGAACAUAUUUCAUGCUGCCCCGGCUUGGCCGGGUGCAUCAUUUCAACAGGGUCCACGAUAUGAGCGUGUAAGUAUUUGACCUGCCCUUCAACCCCUUCAACCCCUUCAACCUCUUAAAUGUUAAAAACUUUUUUGUCCUGGGAAAUAUCAUUAUUUUCAAUGCUUCCUAAGCUAACCUUUAAAUGCUUUCUAGGCGGAACGAUUUCUUGGACUCCGACGGCUACUGAGAAAAUCGAAGAAACGACAAAAUUUGAGUGAUUUGAAUGGUUUAGGUGUCAGUAUGGGCAUGCGAUCUCAAAGAUUAGAGCCCGAUGUAACGAGCCGACAUGCUAGUCAUGGAAGUGCUAGCGAAGAUUCUGAUAGUGAUUCUGAACUUGAGCCCCAAUCCGAUGAUGAAAGUGCUGCAAGCGAAGGAGAUCUGGAUGAUUUCGAAUCAGAUAGCGAAUCUCAAGCCGUCGAGAUCAAACCACUUGCAAGAAGAAGAAGUCAUGGCGAUAGCUUACGUGGUCCCCCUAUAUCUAAACGGGCAGCUGGAGAAAAGGAGCCAGUUCCUCCUACAAUUUCAAAAUCCACAAGGCAAUCGAUAAUUGAAUCUUUCAAUAAAUCACCAGAUCUAUCGAUACCAAGCGCUUCAGCACCGGUGUCACCACCACAUUCACCUCGAGCACCGAACGCUCAGCCAUCGCCAGCGACUCUUUCCGACUCCCGACAAUUUCUAAAAGACUCGCAAAAGACUCUUGAUGCUCCUAAUUCGUCAGCAUCGUCGACUCUCUUGCGGCCUCCUAACCAAACAGCGAGACCACCGAUAUCUAGACACGCAUCUACGCCAAAAUUUUCAUCAAAGCCCGUUCCCAUAACACGCGUAGCCACUGAAGACGGUCCGGGCCCCAGCAUAAUGUUCGCCGAGACGCCCUCUUCGCCCACCAACCGCAAAUCUUCGUCUCGUAUCCCCUCCGCUUACCGUUCAUCUCCCUCCUUCGACCGCAUCUCCGAAGCAUCCAGCUCCUCUCAUCCUCCGCCCAAUCCUCCUUCCCCCACCCGCUCUUCAUAUUCCUUACAAGCGCUUCCGCUCAGUUUUAAUGACUUGCCUUGUAGAGCACAGCAUUUGAUUCUUAAUCAAUUGAUUAAGAGUCAGAGUCAGAAGACGGCGGUCAUUUUUACUACGUUGCCGAGUCCGGUUGAAGGGACGGGAAGAAGUAGGGAAGCGAGCGAGGGGUACCUGGGAGAUUUGGAGGUGCUGUGUAGGAGUUUGCCGCCGGUGCUGUUGGUGCAUAGUAAUAGUAUGACGGUUACGGUUAGCUUGUGAGGACUGAAGGAGGAUGGUUUGGACGGGGAAAAUAAAUUUGGGGAGUAUAAAAAUGAUCAUACACAUAUGGAAGCGGCAUUGAAGUUGGAUUAGUGUGGUUGAUUGAUUGAUUGGAUAAGAUUAGGCAUGCGAUACAUUCUACCAGGAAACACGAUAACAAUUGGAUGAUUGGAAGGAGAAGAGUCGAUACUCAUCGAAGCCGCAUGGGGAUUAGAUGGAUAUUUUUGUUAGGCUGGUGGAUAGAGAGGAGAAGCAUACCAUACAUCCGGUAGGAACACGACUAGGUUUUUAAUAAGAUUUCUAGAUUUUGUUUUUCCUGCGAAUAGGGCUUGUGUCCAUUACGAUAAACGAAGUGCUAUAACCUA